CUACGUGGUGAGGUAUGGAACCACUAACCCGGUUGUACACUUAUCACCAUGGUUGAGACCUGUAGUGGGACGGAGACUAGUCCCUACACCCCUGAGCAGCAAGCAAAGAUGGCCGCCUUAGUGAAAGAGAACAAGGAGAGAAAAGAGCGCGAGAAGCAGGCGAAGCUAAAGGCUAUCGCAGAUGAGCAGGCGACAAAGAUGAAGAGGUUGGAGGAGGAGAUGAAGAGGGUACAACAGGAGGAGGAAGAAAGAAGGAAGGCUGCCGAAGCAGAAGCGGCAGCAGAAGAAGAGAAAGAGAGAAUGAGAAUUGAGAGUGGGGAAGGAAGUAGUGGUGGCACGAUGAAGUGGGAGACAGACACUGAGCUGGAGAAGAAGAUCAGCGAGUGGGUCGCUAAUUUAUCGUUGGGGGAAGACGAGGAGGCGGAGUCCUAUGUGACUAAGGAUGAGAAGGCUGCGCUGGCCGCUGAGCUAGCAGCCAUGACCGACCCAAUGGAACGAAAAGAGAGGGAAAACGAGCAAAAGUUAGCAUGGAAGUUGAGAAUGAAGAGGGAGAAGAAGAGGAGGAGAGAGGAGGUGAAUAAGAUGACCGCAGCAGUGGCAAAGGUGCAGGAGUGUAGAGCGGAGGUGCUGGCCCAGCCAGAUGAUAAUGCAAAGUGGGACAAAGAUGUAGCGUUGAGUGCCAUGCGGUCCGGGCUUAGGGAUUUUGCGCGUGAAAUCGUCACCCACAUUGGGGGCGAAGUCAAACAGUUGAGGGACAACGUAGGGAAGUUUUGUGAGGGCGCCAUUCCGGGUGCCAAAGCUGCAGCCGCUGUAGAAGGAGAGGGCAGACCCCGUAAGGACCCAGUGAAACUUAAGUUCCCAGACGCGUACGGGGGAAAGAAGGACGAGAACUUUGACAACAGGGAGGCCAGUGUCAAUAGUUACAUUUACUUACAACAUAUCCUGAUAGAGGAGCAAGUCCUCGUGGCCUUCCAGGCCCUGAAGGACGAAGCGGCUAGCUUCGCCAGGUCUCUCGCGCGUAUAGCCGGUUGUGAAAACAACYUGGYUGCAUAUUCCAAAGUCACUCCUCUUUCCCAAUUCCUCAAGCUCCUCAAGGAGCGGUUCGCUGACCCAACGCGAGGCAUUAGAGCCUCUGAUAAGCUCCAAGCGAUCCACUCCCGGCAGUGGAGGAGUGCCAAGGCACUCAAGGGUACCAUGGACGACUUGGUAGCCAUCCCGGACCACGGGGUCACUGAGCCCAAGUUGGUCCAGUUGUUUUAUCGUGCCAUUCCAGAGGCCCUACGCGGGCAUUUCUUUGACAAAUCUCAGCAGGCCGGCAUGACUUACGAUGCAUUGAGUAGAGAAGUCGUCCUGUAUGAGUCGAAGUCUAUGCCAGUUACCACUUUCUGGCACAAGGACCUGGAGAAGGGGAAGAAGUGGAAAGAUCGUACCAUCUUGGGCCAAGUCAAGGCCAAGGAUCACUUGAUCCUGACAUUAGAGGAGGGUGGUACAGAAGAGGUCCCAUAUGAUCAGAUUGAGUKGGGCCUAGGGGAGGAGUACAGUAGUGUAGGGCAGGGGAGGUCUUACGCUGCUGUCGCGGCCGGAGGGAGGCCGCAAGGUAGAGGAGGAGGCCAGGGCCAAAGGGACCAGGCCAUGGGAGGCCGAGGACCGGGCGCACAUGGGGUUGGCGGACAGGGAAACCGCCAAGCGGGAGGUAGGGGUCAAGGUCCCCCAUUAAAUCGCCAAGAGGUGUUUAGAAGUAAAGUAGGGGCCCUUAUAGACUCAGGGGCUACCCGUAGUUACAUUAGCCGUAGGGCGCUGAAGAAGUUGAGGCUAGGACUAAAAGUCCAGAAGUUAGUAGACCCCAUAGUCAGUGUCCUCGCAGACAACCGCACGAUGCGAGUUGAGGACUACGUAGAGGGAGUCCAGGCGUACUUUUGCCUAGAGAAGGAUGGGAAGGUGGAGAAAGUUCUCCAUUCCCCGACUCUCCUCGUACAAGAUGACCUUCCUUUUGAUAUAGUGUUGGGAAUGGAUUGGGGGGAGGCAGCAGGGGCCACACUUCAUUUGAGAGAGCAUGAGUGUAGGCUCCCUAGUCCGGCAGGCGAAGUWAAGACUGCCCGCUUGUUCCAUGUGUCGGGUGUAGACAACACCUUGGCAUAUUGCUGUCUCAGUGCUCCCGCGUUCGCGCGAUUAGUCAAGAAGGAGCAGUUAGAAGACCAGGUCUUUGUAGUUUAUGUUAGAACUGUCACUGAGGCCCAGGAAAAGGAUAGUUCCACAGAUCCAACAAUUGCCAAGCUGCUGGAAGAAUUUAAAGACUUGACUGAGUCGCCGACAGGAGUAGUGUCGCGACCCAUUCAGCACAGGAUAAAGAUAGAGCCUGGCAGUAGAACUCCUAAGGGUGCAGUCUACAGGAUGUCCCCUAGAGAGUUAGAGGAGCUUCGCAAGCAAUUAGACGAACUCCUUGAGAAAGGUUGGAUCAGGCCCAGUUCGUCUCCUUU